CAAUUACCAAGCUCAAACACUGGCUAGCUUACCCUGACAGACAUUGUUAGGUCUUGCAAGUGAAGCUAGGAAAGAAAAACCAUGGCGGCUUCCCGUGCCUUGGCUGCACUGCUUGCUGUGGUGGUACUCGUGGUCUGUUCUCCGGCGCCUCGUGUUCUGGCUACUGACCCGAGCCAGCUCCAGGACUUCUGCGUUGCUGAUCUAAUGAACCCUGUGAUUGUGAAUGGGUUCGUGUGCAAGAACAUGAAGAUGGUGACGGCGAACGACUUCUUCUUGCCCGGGCUUAACAAGCCGGGCAAGUUGAACGCUCAGGGCUCAGCGGUGACACCGGUGACGGUGAAGCAGCUGGCGGGGCUGAACACGCUGGGCAUCUCAUUGGCGCGCAUCGACUUCGGGCCCAACGGCGGGCAGAACCCACCCCACACGCACCCUCGCGGCUCCGAGAUCCUCACCGUGAUCAUGGGGCAGCUGCUGGUGGGGUUCGUCACUUCCAACCAGGCGGACGGGAAGAACCUGCUCUUCACCAAGCAGCUGGUGGAGGGCGACGUGUUCGUGUUCCCGCAGGGGCUCAUCCACUUCCAGGUGAACAACGGCAAGGUACCCGCCGUGGCCAUUGCCGCGCUCAGCAGCCAGGACGCCGGCGUGAUCACCAUCGCCAACGCCGUCUUCGGGUCCACGCCGCCCAUCAGCGACCUCAUCCUCGCCAAGGCCUUCAUGACAGAGAAGGACACCGUCGACUGGAUCCAGGCCAAGUUCGCACCGGCCAUGAGCGGCAAUAGCAGCAUGGGCGGUGGCGGCUACAUGCCGCCCGGCGGCAACAGCACCGGCGGCGGUGGCGGUUACUAUCCUGGCAUGCGCAAGCAGAAGCCCUAAAUGACGGACGGACGGCCAUCCUAUAGGUAAAGAAAAAACAACAAGCCACUGGUAAACAGAGUGUGGUGUAGUAAGUCGUGUACCAGCAGGUGUUUGUGGAUCGAGGGGUACGUACGUAUACGUGCUAGCACUCGGUCGUGUCGAAUAAAUAGUGCCCAAAGUGCACCGGUGUACUAGCUAAAUGCUGUUAAAUUUCUAUAUGGAAUAAUAAAUUCUAAGGUUUGGUCAUAA